UCCGACCGGCAUCAGCUCCGGGCGAGUGCUGUCGGUGGCUGGUCGGGCUGCUGACAGCACCAACCUUCGGUCGCAGAGCUUGUCUCGACCACCAACAUAUUUCCGCACAUAUGUAUCUUACUGGACGGGGUGUGAUGACUCCUAACGAAUCUGCAAUGAUUUGUUCUUGUCUGCCUGUAAGCAUUCCAGACGACAGCUCCAAGCGAGCAGACCGGACAGUCCGAAUGUCAACUGGACCGGGGCCUUUUUGAUUGAUGAGAAACCCUCCGUCGAGUGAUGGAUCACAUGUCGCUCUGGCGGUUGCUCUUGGCAAGCCAUAGUAUUCAGUUGUUCCAGCUCCCCGCCUAUGGGGGACUGCUAGCACGGACACUCGGCCUAGGAGUGCUAAGCAGAAUCCGGAGAGAGAUCUACCACUUCUCCGGGCUGCACCUUUCUGUCUCCUGUAUCAGAGUUGUCAACAGUGAUGGUGCUCCCGCAAAGAAGCAAAACAGCAGUCUGAAACGACCCGAAGGUCUUUUCACUGGCCUGGCUCGCGCCACCUACGCGGUGCCCAAACCACGCCACAAGCUGCACUUUGGGAUGAAGUCAGACGAUGAGGCCAGACGCAUCCAUCGUCAAGCCACUCGACCCAUCUACCCAAUGGUCUUGGCAAUUGUCGCCAAGAUCAUUGCUCGAGAUGCGGGCGGUGAGACUGAUCAGAGUUGAUUACGGAGUACUAGGUCGCUAUUGAGCAUUGAGCGCUGUGGAAGCUGGUGAAGCUGGUGAAGCUGUGGUAAAUUAAUAACAACACUCGACUAUCC